AUGAAGUAUUCCUCCGAGUUUAACGAGAAGCUCAAGGCAGCAGAGAAUCGUCACACACGUGACGCUUGUCUCGAGUUCCUGCAGUAUGUACGAAAAGAAAAAAUACGUGAACCUCGUGCAGUUGUAAACGUUGGCAAGCUAUUGAUUACAACGCACCAAUGGAGACUUGGCGAUGAAUUAUGGACUGUAUACGAACAAAUGUUUAUGGCUGCAUUGGAUGUGCAUAUGAAGGAGCUUGCAGAGACGUGUUUACAAGCACUUGACAAGAAGUUUCCAGGCAGUUCUCGUGUUGCAAGAUUUAAAGGAAUGCAAUUGGAGCAGCGUGGAGAAUUUAGGAAAGCACUGGCGUUGUAUGAUGAAUUACUGCAAGUUAAUCCCGUAAACACAUUGGUUCUGAAACGAAAGAUUGCGGUGCUCAAGGCACAGAAGAAAACGUCGGACGUUGUCAUUGCGUUGAAUGAGUUUCUGCGCAGGUUUGGCACGGAUCAAGCUGCUUGGACGGAACUGGGUGAGACGUACCUCUCGAUGGGCACGUACCGUUACGCUACUUUUUGUUACGAGGAGUUAGUGCUGUUAAACCCCAUGGAUGCCAUUUUCCACAGUCGUUUAGCUGACAUUUACUCGACAAUCGGUGGACUGGACAACUUGCUGAAAGCACGCAAACAUUAUGCGCAUUCGCUUGAACUGAAUAAGAAGCAAAAUUUGCGUGCGUGCUUUGCGCUGGUAACAUGCACGAAGGCCAUUGCGUUGCAACGUGGCUACCGUGCCGACCAGGAUGAUGAUGGACUCAAUGAGCGCUUACAGAAGUUUGCGCUUGACUACAUCCAGGACAUAUACGCAGUGCAGUCAUCGUCUGACCUCGCCGAGAUAGCGGAAACUACACUCAUGGCGCUUUAA